UAACCCGUUCUGUCCGAGUGGCCUCUUAUCUCGAGCUUCGUCGUCACCAGAACAACCCUAGAUAAAACUCUCGACCUGCCCAAGAUGGGUGCCUGGAACGCCCAGAUCUUUCGGAUAGCUGCCGACCUGUCCCAUCUGGCGGCAAAAUGCAUCCUCAUCUUCUCCAUCCAUCGCAAUAGGAGCGCCGAAGGUGUAUCCCUCAUUACCCAGAUAUUCUACGCCGCCGUAUUUUGCACGAGAUACACCGACCUGUUUAGGACGACAAAUGCCUGGAACUACGUCUUCAAGAUCUUCUAUAUCCUGUCGUCAUUCUACACCAUUGUCAUCAUGCGCUGGCUGUAUCCUCGGACUCGAGAGCGUGAAAUCGCAUGGAAGAUGGGCGCCGUCGUUUUGGGGGCGUCUCUCGUGGUCUCGCCACUUGCGAUGCUCAUUUUCGAGAAGAAGGUCGACUGGAGCUUUGGGACUCUCCUCUGGGCAUUCUCUCAGGUCCUCGAAUCUGUGUGUGUCCUCCCCCAGCUGCUCCUGCUGCGCCAGACGACCGUCCCGACCGUCAUCACAUCCUUCUACAUCCUGUUCCUCGGCUCCUACCGAGGCCUCUACGUGCUCAACUGGAUCCUGCGCGGCCUCGACUCCAACGACAAGCCCCCCAAGGCCAUCUCGGUCAUCUUCGGCCUCAUCCAGACGGCCCUCUACCUGGACUUUGCGUGGGUGUACUGGACGCGGCAGCGCGUCAAGCUGCGCAACGGCGGCGUCGUGGACGCCGACGACCUGCGCCGGGGCUGGCUGCUCAGCCGGAUAUUCGGCAAGCACGUCGACGACGACGGGGCCGACGAUGAGGAGAGCGCGCCGGCGCUGGGCGGUGGCGCCCGCGAUCGCAACGGGGCGGCGCCGGGAGCGCCCCCGCCGCAGCGCACCUCCAGGGCCAAGUGGGGCGCCCGCGGCAUCUCGAUCAGCGCCGACGACGGAGUGCUGGAGCGGGAGCGGGGGCGGUCGCUGGAUGACGACGACGAGGAGGAGCACGGGGUGACCGCGGCCGUGGACCCGGACGCGAAGAUGCAGGACCCGGACGAGCUGGCGAGAGCGCUCGAUGAUGACGAGGAUGAUGUCCUUCCGGGUGCGUCAGGGGGCUCGGGAGGUGGGCCCAGCGGUGUGAGGAAUGGGGAUGAAUGGCGCGACAACUGAAGAGUUAUGAGGGAGUAACGAGAGCACAAGCGUUUUGUAUUCACCAGAUUGACUACGCAACCACCAGGAUUUCGAUGGGAGAAAAAAGACCGUUCCUAGAAUCAGGAUCAGGAGGGUAGACAUAUUCAUUAGUUUCUGGGGGCCAAACGGGAACCCGGUAAUCUUGGGACGGUAUUAUUCACGGAUCAUUCAGAGAAGCUCUAGCGAGCUGGUGGACGAGUGUUGUGCAUAUGCUUUGUCGCAUUCUCCUAUAUUAUACAGAAUGAUGGGACGUCUCUACACAGAAUGCUCCAGCUCUGUCGUCCGCGGCUGCUUCUAGGGUACAUGAGAGUGUCCCGGGAAGUU